AUGGCUUCCCAUCACGUCCUCAUCCUCGGCGGCCACGGCAACAUUGCCCAGAAGCUCACCCCGCUGCUGCUCCGCCGCUCGUGGACCGUCACCAGCGUCAUCCGCAAGCAAGAGCAGGUUCCGACGAUUGAAAAGCUCGGCGCCGGCCUGCCCGGCACCCUGCACGUGCUCGUCCAGAGCAUCGAGGACGUUGCCAGCCAGCAGCAGGCCCAAGACAUUCUCAACAAGGUCAAGCCCGACUACAUUGCCUGGAGCGCCGGCGCCGGUGGCAAGGGCGGUCCCGAAGCCACCUACAAAGUCGACCGCGACGCCGCCAUUAGCUUCAUCCACGCCGCCGCCGCCACGCCCUCUGUGCGACGCUUCCUGCUCGUCUCCUACAACGGCUCGCGCCGCGCCGCCGCGCCCUGGUGGUCCGCCGAAGAGUGGGAGUCGUACAAUACAAAAGUAAACUACGGCAUCCUCGCCACCUACUUUCAGGCCAAGAUUGCCGCCGACGAGGCGCUGUACGCCGCGACCAAGAAGCCCGGCGCCACCCUGACGGGCAUCUGCCUGCGACCUGGCACCCUCUCCGACGACGCCGCCGGCAAUGUCGUGCUCGGCAAGAUUCCCCACGUCCAGGGCAAGGUGCCGCGCGAGUCGGUUGCGCGCGUCGCUGACGCGCUGCUCGCGGCUGAUGGAGUCAAGAGUGGUUGGAUUGACCUGCUCGAGGGUGACGAGUCGAUCAAGGCGGCUGUCGACAAGGCUGUCAAGGAGGGCGUCGACACGGCCGAGGGCGAGGCCAUUUAUAAGCAGUGA